CCCAAAAUGGUUUAUGUGAAUAGCUUUUUGUAUUUUUUAAAUUUACGCAUGGGUUGCCGCAUAAUUUCCAUUAUCGAGACAAUAUUGUAUGCUGGUUGUGCCUUUUACAUGUAUCGCAUAUUUGGCUUAACUAGCAUGCUGGAGUGCAGUGUUAUCAUAUGUUUGAUUUAUUCCUGCAUAAUGGCCUGUGCCAUGUAUUUGGCCACCAUAGUUACUCACGAAUCACCUGGAAUUCUAUUUACCUAUUUGAUAAGCCACAUUGCAUCAAGCGUAUUUUUAAUAGGCUAUUGUAUAGUAAUACUGAUCCGUUAUAAUCUUAAUUACCAUAUAUUUUUGCCUGGCUUGGUCAUUGCUGUGGUCAUCAGCGAGGAUCCAGAAUUCACAGAUGUCAUUGAGAAUAUAACAGUGCCCGCGGGACGUAAUGUCAAAUUGGCUUGCUCCGUCAAGAAUUUGGGCUCAUACAAGGUGGCGUGGAUGCAUUUCGAACAAUCGGCCAUACUGACUGUGCAUAAUCAUGUGAUCACACGUAAUCCAAGGAUUAGUGUUACUCAUGAUAAGCAUGACAAGCAUCGCACUUGGUUCCUGCAUAUCAACAAUGUCCAGGAGGAGGACAAAGGACGAUACAUGUGUCAGAUCAAUACGGUGACGGCUAAAACGCAAUAUGGCUUUGUCAAAGUUGUUGUGCCACCCAACAUAGACGAUGCUCUGACCUCCAGUGACGUCAUUGUACGUGAAGGCGAUAAUGUCACACUGCGAUGCAAGGCGAAAGGCAGUCCCGAACCCACAAUCAAAUGGAAACGAGAUGAUGGCAAUAAAAUAGUGAUCAACAAAACUCUCGAAGUCAACGACCUGGAAACCGAUUCAUUGGAACUGGAACGUAUCUCACGACUGCAUAUGGGUGCCUAUCUCUGUAUAGCCUCCAAUGGUGUGCCACCAAGUGUCUCUAAGCGCAUUAAGGUCAGCGUCGAUUUUUCACCUAUGGUCUGGAUACCACAUCAAUUAGUUGGCAUACCCAUGGGUUUUAAUGUCACACUCGAAUGCUUCAUCGAGGCAAAUCCGACAUCACUCAACUAUUGGACACGUGAAAAUGAGCAAAUGAUAACAGAGUCUGCCAAAUAUAAAACCGAAACCAUUCCUGGUCAUCCAUCGUAUAAGGCAACCAUGCGACUGACAAUUACCAAUGUCCAGGGCACCGAUUAUGGCAACUAUAAAUGUGUCGCCAAAAAUCCUCGCGGCGACAUGGAUGGCAAUAUAAAACUCUAUAUGUCGAGCCCGCCCACAACACAGCCCCCGCCCACAACCACAACAUUGCGGCGCACAACGACCUCGGCGACAACAAACACGCCCAUUAAUGGCAUUCUCGGUGCUGAUGGCGGGCCAACGAAUCCGGUGAUUGUGAUUGAUAAAUUGGGCAUCAAGUAUCAAUCGAACUUAAAUGAGAUUGGCAAAUCCGAGCAGAAGCUAACGGGCAACAAUCCGAAAGGCUAUGACUGGUCCAAGGACAAGGCCAGUGGUGGGCGUAACCAUUUAGCCCAUCAAUUGUUGGCACUCUGUUGGCUUCCGAUGGUCCUGCUGCAGCCGCAUUAGAAAGGAAGAGUUAUUCACAAGCAAAAGGAACGAAAUUAUUAACGUGUAUUUUAUAAAAGUGCCAUUAAAAGUAUAAAAAUGAUAAAA